AUGGCUGCCCUUGGCAUCACUGCCGCCCUGCUGGCGUGGGUGGCCAUCCUCUUGCUCGUGUCCAUCUGGAAGCAGGUCCACAGCAGCUGGAACCUGCCCCCGGGGCCUUUCCCACUUCCCAUAAUUGGGAAUCUUUUCCAGUUGGAAUUGAGUAACAUUCCCAAGUCCUUCACCAGGCUGGCAGAGCGCUUCGGGCCGGUGUUCACGCUGUACCUGGGCUGGCGGCGCGUUGUGGUCCUGCACGGCUACAAGGCUGUGAGGGAAGUGCUGCUGGACUACAAGAACGAGUUCUCCGGCCGAGGCGAGCUUGCCGUAUUCCAGGAGCACAAGGAUAGGGGAAUCAUUUUCAACAACGGGCCCACCUGGAAGGACACCCGGCGGUUCUCCCUGACCACGCUCCGGGACCACGGGAUGGGGAAGCGCGGCAACGAGGAGCGCAUCCGGAGGGAGGUCCCCUUCCUGCUGCAGGAGCUCGCCAAGACCCAGGGCCGGCCCUUCGACCCCACCCUGGUGCUCGGCGGCGCGCCCUGCAACGUCAUCGCCGACAUCCUCUUCCGCCGCCGCUUCCGCUACGACGAUGACACGUGCCUGCGGCUGAUGCGCGCCUUCAACGAGAACUUCUACCUGCUCAGCACGCCCUGGCUCCAGUUUUACAAUAAUUUUGCAGAGUAUCUACGCUACCUGCCUGGAAGUCAUAGAAAAGUAAUGAAAAAUGUGUCUGAAAUUAAAAAAUAUGCGCUUGAAAGAGUGAAGGAACACCACCAGUCUCUGGACCCCAAGUGCCCCCGGGACUUCACCGACUGCCUGCUUGUGGAAAUGGAGAAGGAAAAGCACAGCCCAGAGCCCUUGUACACACUGGACAGCAUUGCUGUGACCGUGGCUGACCUGUUCUUUGCGGGGACAGAAACCACCAGCACCACUCUGAGAUAUGGGCUCCUGAUUCUCAUGAAAUACCCAGAGAUUGAAGAGAAACUCCAUGAAGAAAUUGACAGGGUGAUUGGGCCAAGCCGAAUCCCUGCCAUCAAGGACAGGCUAGAGAUGCCCUACAUGGAUGCUGUGGUGCAUGAGAUUCAGAGAUUCAUCGACCUUGUGCCCUCCAACCUGAGCCAUGAAGCAACCCGGGACGUCAUGUUCAGAGGAUACAUCAUCCCCAAGGGCACAGUUGUAAUCCCGACUCUGACCUCCGUUUUACGUGACAGUCAAGAAUUCCCUGAUCCAGAGAAGUUUAAACCAGAACACUUUCUGAAUGAGAACGGGAAGUUCAAGUACAGUGACUAUUUCAGGCCAUUCUCUGCAGGAAAACGGGUGUGUGUCGGAGAAGGCCUGGCCCGCAUGGAAUUGUUUUUAUUCUUGUCUGCCAUUUUGCAGCAUUUCAAUUUGAAGUCUCUUGUUGACCCAAAGGAUAUUGACCUUAGCCCUGCUGUGGUUGGGUUUGGCAGCAUCCCUCCACACUACAAACUCUGUGUCAUCCCCCGCUCAUAAGUGAAAGGAGGAUAUGGCCUGAAAAACCACCUGCCUGCGUGUGGGCAGCCCCUCCCCAUGGUUCUUCGAGGACAGCCAGGGCUCCAUGUGGAGUGAAUCAGGCCAGAGAUGAUGCUUUCCAGAGUCACAGUGUUCAGACAGAAUGUGAAAGCCAAGUCCAAAAAGAUUGUGUUAAACUGACUAAAUUAAACUAUGCAUUAGUUUGCGGCUAUGUUGGGGUUCCUGGAAACAAUGGUGAUUAGGAACCUGUCAUUAUAAGUUAAACUAACCUCUUCUAAAAAAGUAGAUUAUCCAGUUACCAGAGUCAACAUCAAUUAUAAAGGACAGACAAAAAGGAAUACAGACAUUAUUUUGUAGGUCAGAAUAGGGAGAAAUAAUAUAGUUUGGGCAAGAUUUAUUAGCCUUGUCAAAAAUAUAUCCCAUACCAUCUUGCCUUGGGAUAUUGUUCCUAUGAGCAUCAUUCUGUGUAGUAUCUUCAUAUUAAAAUAUGUCUGAAAUGUCAACA